AUGGACGUCUGUUAUGUGUGGAGUGACUUUGUCUGCGAGCGCACACAGAAGUCCGGCCUGUCAGAGAUCUGCACCCGCGGGCCAUCUUCCACCGCUGCGGCCAACACCAGCAGCUUGCUCCCGAAAGCUGUGGACAUCAGACUGCUAUCCUGUUUUGUACGGCUGGCAGACGAGCACAGAAGCAAAGCGGCUGUGACCCACUUUUCCAUCCCAACAUCAAAAUCCUCACAGUUCUGGGAUGUGAGCGGAGGGGAACUCUGA